AUGAUGGGACUGGAGCUGCAGGGUGUGCAGGUUACGCUGCAUUAUGUUUACCCCCUUGUAGUGUUCCUAUACUUCGCCAUCACUUCAGCCAUUGCGAUCUGCACGUUGCAGACCUCGGACUCGAAGAAGUCAACCCACCUUCGACGCAAGGUUAUAUAUUGCCUUCUUUGUUGCUUUCUAUGCACCUUUGUGGUUCAGUUUAUCCUCAAGAUAAUUGAGAUUGUUAUGUGGGGUCGAUGGCCAUCCCAGGACACAGUUAUCGGCUUGCUAUCUUGCAUCCUGAUCUUUGGAAUCGAGCAGAAUAGUCUCGGCGACGGGUCCGAUACCGUUUGGUAUCCCUUCUACGGAUCGUGGCUUAUCGCGUUUGUAUUGGAGCCUUUCAACGCUGCCCUCCUAUUCAUCGCAUCCUCUGAGCCGAUAGUGACUGCCCCAACAACUGGUGACAACUCAGCAGCCUUUCUCCGACUGGACGCCUCUAUCGUCAUCGCUCGCUGCAUUCUUGCCUUAGGCGCUCUCUUGGCUUAUUUCAUUUGGCGAGAAGACGGAAUCGACGAUGACGAUGACGAGGAACGAGCCCCUCUACUCCCAAAGCCGGGCCAACGAGCGAAUGGUGUCGACACAUCGGCAGAUAGCGGCUAUGGGACAAACUCAGAGGGUACAAAUACGGAUGCGACUAAUACGGAGACGGCUAACUCACCCAGAGACGUCGAAUCACCAUGGGAACGUCAGCAACGUAUUUCUCGAGAGAAGAUUGAGAAGCGGUUGAAGAAUGAGGGUAGCUGGAUUGCGUAUGCCAAGGGGUUUCUCAUUUUCUUUCCGUACAUUUGGCCUGUCAAGAAUCGUCGCCUGCAAAUUUACGCUGCUCUCGUGGGCUUGUGCUUGCUGGCUGGAAAUGUGCUCAAUUUCCUAAUUCCUCGGCAGUAUGGCGCCGUUAUGGACUCCUUGAGCGGUGUUUCUGAUAGUAAUCCUUGGGUUCAAGUAGCUAUCUUUGCUGGGCUUCGACUUCUAGCGUCAGAGGCUGGGAUUAACUUCUUGAGGCAGAUGCUAUGGCUACCUAUCGAGCACUACUCUGGGGAAGCCCUCACAACCGCUGCGUAUUCUCACAUUAUGAAUCUUUCUUCCGAGUUCCAUGAUUCUAAGAGUUCAUCGGAUCUUAUCGUAGCUAUUUCGAAUGGGACCUCUAUUUCGAAUAUGUUGGACUCGAUAUGUUUCCAGGCAUUGCCAAUGCUAAUUGACUUGGUCAUUGCAUUCACAUACCUGUCGACAAAAUUCGGACCGUACGAAGGAUUCAUCACUAUUGCAACUGGCACGGCGUUUAUCCAAGCUGCCACUCAUAUCAUCUCAAGCUUUAAGGAGAAAAGAAAGAUGAUGGUCAGGACGUAUUUUGAGGAACAUUAUAUCCGCCAGGCUGGUAUUCAAGGCUGGCAGACCGUCAGUGCCUUCAACCAGAUCCCAUACGAAGAGAGACGAUAUGGCGUGGCAGUUAACUCUCGCGUCUCGUCUACGAAAUCUCUGUAUUACAGCUACUUUGUUGGACAUGCCUUUCAGUAUUUAAUCCUUCUCGCAGGAUUACUCGCUGGAGCGUUCUUGGCUGUAUACCAAAUUACUAAUGGCCAGGCCACUGCUGGCGACUUUGUAAUGCUAUUGACGUAUUGGGGUCAGCUCACGUCACCUCUACGAUUUUUCUCUCAGCUCGGAAAGAACAUCAGCCAGGAUCUGGUGCAUGCCGAAAGGCUUCUUGACGUAAUGACGACCAAACCGACCGUCAUCGAGAAGCCCGAUGCUAAACCCCUGAAGCUCAAGGGCGGUAAAGUUGAGUUCCGGAACGUCAGUUUCAGCUACGACAAGAAGAAGGACAUCUUGAAGAGCGUGAAAGUGUCUGUUCCAUCUGGUACUACGGUGGCAUUCGUCGGCGCAACGGGGGCUGGGAAGUCAACGAUCCUGAAGCUCCUUGAUCGCUUUUAUGACGUGACAGGUGGCUCUAUCCAAAUCGAUGGCCAGGAUAUUCGCGAUGUGACGAUCUCAAGUCUACGACAGUCUAUUGGUAUUGUCCCGCAAUCACCAAUUCUUUUCGACGACACUGUGGUCAAUAAUAUUCGAUAUGCCCGGCUAUCAGCUACGGACGAAGAUGUCUAUAGCGCUUGUAAAGCAGCGGCAAUUCAUGAUCAUAUAAUGGGUUUUACGGAGGGGUAUAAGACUCGUGUCGGCGAGCGUGGUGUGAAACUAUCCGGUGGUGAACUACAGCGAAUUGCGAUCGCACGGGCUAUCCUUAAACAGCCCGAGAUCGUGCUCCUCGACGAAGCGACUAGCUCUGUCGAUACAGACACGGAGCAGAAAAUCCAGGACGGUCUUCGUACCCUAUGUCAAGGUCGCACCACAUUCAUUGUAGCGCAUCGUCUUUCAACCGUUAUGAAUGCCGAUACUAUCUUCGUCGUUGCGAAUGGGGAGAUAGCUGAACAAGGGAACCAUGAAGAGUUGAUUUCCAAGGGAGGCAAAUACGCUGAGCUUUGGUCUAAACAAAUUUUCUUGAAGCCCAAGGAAUCAAAGGAGGAUAAGCAAAGUGAAGAUCUCUCUGGCGAUAGUACGGCAACUUCGAGUAUUACCCAGACGGAUGGGUCCGUCGACGAGCCAGCAAAUGGUGUCAGCGCCUCAAAUGGUACCCAAGCACCGCGGCCGGUAUCGACGGCCGAGAACUCCCCUAUCGCAGGAAAGGCGAACGGGAAGGUUGUGAAUACUCCAAAUGGGCAUCAAAAAGAGGGUUCAAGGCUGAAUCCUGGUGCGCCGGAGUUUACACCCCGUUCUACAGCCGAGCCAAAAUUAAAUAAUACAUCUCCUAUGCGAAAUAGCUGGGCCGAAGACGUCGAAGAGGAAGCGAGUUCCUCUAAUAGUACACCGCCGGCUAAUUCCGAGUCCGCUUCUGUGUCUACUGCGAUAAGAGCUUACGAUGCGAUUCCCCCGAGUAAAAAUGAUGAUGCCGUUUCACCUGUCAUACCUCCCGAGUCUGCCGCGCAAUCAACAGUGUUCGACGCCCCCGAUUCCAAGCCUCGCCGGAACACCCUUCAAUCUGUGUCUUGCCCCGAGCCACCACCACUUUGUUUUUCAGACAGCCCGACUCGUUCUGUUAGCCAACCUAUGCCUACACCUACAAAACCUUCUCGAAGGGAAAGCAAGCUCCCACGGGAACAACACGAACACUCACCAUCUCCAGAAGCCAAACAACCCCUACCUAGUAGGGGUAGAGGCGGUUACCGUGGCCGAACGCGCGGUCGCUACCGUGCUGGAAGGGGUCGAAGACGUGGUCCAGCUAGCCCCAAGUCCGGCCACAAAGACGGUGCAGGACCCUCGCAAAAGCGCGGGACCUCUAUAUCUCGCGCAAAGUAA